AGCGGGAAGGUGGCAAUCUUUUUCGAAGACGUCCUGUACCUUUAUUUGUUGAUGUAAUAUGAUUCAGUCCGCUUGAUUCAGUCAGAACAUUGUUGAUUUCAACCUCGGAUAAUUAUAGGAGCUUUAUAUUUUACUGUUUACGGGAUGACGUGAUAUGAGAACAUGCAUUAUAAUAGAUAUGUAGCCAUCAUUCCAGUUCUGUUAGUUGGACUCACAGCAGCUCAAAGAUUACUUGAUUGUCCAGUAGAUUGGUUCUCCUACAACGACCACUGCUAUAAGUUCCAGAUCUACCCCAAGAGAACAUAUGAAGAGGCCGUCAAAACUUGUGAAGGUUAUGGUGCAGCAUUAGUUAGUGUGAAUUCUGUGGACGAAAAUAAUUUUAUCGUUCAAAAACUUCGGACUAUUGACCAAUGGCGGUCCCUCUGGUACACGAGCGGUGUACAUCAGGAUGGGAUCGUACGUUGGAAUGGGGAUGGUACCCGGGCUUCCUCCAUAUUUUGGAUAAAUGCAGCCCACAGAGACCUCGAACCUAUGUUCAUUGUUUACAGAUACUCAGAUUACCUUAUGGGAUAUGCAUGGAGCAAAACCGAAGGAGAUGAACCAUAUAAUUUUAUUUGUGAGAUUCCAAAAUCAGAAUUAAGCCGCAUUGUUCAAGAGGAGAGAGACUUUACAUACGGUACCAACAUAACAGACCCUUUAAAGGUUGAGAGAGCUCCAAGGUUUACUCUUCUUCCCAAAAAUAUAGUUCUAACCACCCGGUCUUACUACCCUAGCAUUGAGUGUAUAGCUAUAGGAAAUCCACAGCCGAAAUAUACAUGGGAGAGGAAAAGAGUAACCGGAAGUGUGGAAACUCUGACCUCCAAUAACGUGUACACCAUUAGUAACGGCAAACUGACGUUUGAUAGCACUCGUCUGAAUGAAACACGAGACGCAGGAUCUUACUACUGUGUUGCUACUAAUAAAUAUGGAUCCGUUAGAAGUGAACCUUCAACAGUUUCUUUUGGGAGGUUGGAACAGUUCCCAAAUGUAGCCCCGGGUGCUGUGAAUGUUGCCCUGUAUCAGGGCACAUAUAUACAAUGCAAUCCGCCAUCUCACAAACCUGCAUUGACAUACCAGUGGAUGAAGGGAAGUUCUUUCCUGUUGUCGGUAUUAAAUAAACAUUUUUUCGUGUCCGCUGGCGGUAAUCUGUAUUUUUCUGAGGUACAAACAACAGAUGCUGCAAAUUAUCAUUGUGUUGUGACCUUGGCCGCUCUUCCCGGAGACACCAUGGCAACCACACAACCUCCAUCAGAAACUAGUCUUGGCAUGCCACUCAAUGUUCUUGGAGAGAGUGCAGCAAAUUACCCUCCACAAAUCCACAAUGAUUUUCCUGCAGUGUUUCCUCGUAUUCCACAACUUGGACAGCCUGUAUCAAUUGAAUGUCUGGCAUAUGGAAGGCUUCCACUUGAGUAUUCUUGGACUAGAAAAGGAGGAAAAGGUAUACCAAGUAAGGCUUAUACGAAGGAUUACAACCGGGUUCUUGUUAUACCUGAUAUACAAUUUGCCGAUGAAGGGACAUACACAUGUACUGUGAAGGGUAGAACUAACAAUGAUCAAAAGGAUAUUUUGUUAACCAUUGACGCAAAGCCAUAUUUCCUGUAUCCGUUGAAAGACCUCGUUGUUGACGAAGACAGUCAGGUGACUGUCAGAUGUGAGGCAUUAGGUAGACCGAGGCCAACUUUCUCGUGGUUUAAAGACAGUCAGCCAUUAGUGUCAACACAAGGAGACAUGGAAAUUAUGUCAAACGUACUGACGAUUAAGAGAGCACAAGUGAACAAGCACAGUGGGGUGUAUGAAUGUGUAGCAGUCAAUACUCAUGGGACAUCCAUAACCAGCGCUCAAAUCAAAGUUUUGUCUCUUAGACCAAAUUUUAUAAAACACCCACUUCACAAAACCAUGUUAGCCGCUGAAAACGGUAACCUUACGAUUCCGUGUGAGCCAGAGGCAGCACCUGCACCGGAAAUCACAUGGAUGAGGAAUGGCGCCCAGCUUCCGCUGAGUGUGACAAACGGAAAUCAAAAUGGAGCUCAGAUGCUGAUAAAUGGUUACCUUAAAAUAGUCGGAGUUAAGCUCCAGGAUGCUGGCUUUUAUACGUGUGCAGCCAAGAAUGUGCACGGCGAUGCACAGACGACAACUCAACUUACUGUGUCAAGAGGAGUUUACUUGACUCCUAUACUAAGUGGCUUCCACGUGGACAGAAAUGGAUCCCUAUUCAUACCAUGCCAAGCGUCUUAUGAUUCCAAUAACCUGGAUCUGGUUUAUAUCUGGAAAUUCAAUGGCCAAUUAAUAGAUUUUGAAAGGGAUACUUUUUUGAGGAAGGGAUCGUCUGGCAGUUUGAACGGACUUUUUAUUAAUUAUGCUGAUUAUUUUCAUGCUGGUCAAUAUGAGUGUGUGGCACAAACAACAAUAACAAAGACCUCUAUAUUUACUGAGGUUACUGUUCGAGGCCCUCCUGGUAUUCCUGGUGUGGUAUAUAGGGUGAAAGGAUCUGAAACCCCCCACUCCGUAACUCUAAAAUGGACUAGACCCCCGGACCAUGGUUCACCAGUACUAUUUUAUUACAUAGAGGCACAAACCGUCUUGAAUUCAACAUGGCGUCUUUUAACCAGGAUUGCAGAAAUGGAUGCCCUGAUUCCAGGGAAUGUUGAUGUAGACAAAAGACAAUACACAGUUGUGGGACUAAUUCCUUACAACAACUAUCGCUUCCGGAUUUAUGCCACAAAUUCAUACAUUGUACCAGGAGAAAGAAGUCGUCCAACAGAGGAGAUAAAUAUUCCUGGAGCCAAACCAAUAGUUGCCCCCGAAAAUGUGGGAGGAGGAGGGGGAAGUGUUGGGGUGUUGUCUAUUACGUGGAAGAUGUUAUCUCAAGAAUAUAAAAGCGGACCAAACUUUGUUUACUAUGUGUACUGGAGAAGAAGCAGAGAAGGCGACAUAAAUGUGGAGUUUCAAAUGCAAAAUCUUUCCGAAUCGGACAAACGCCUAGUAAGAUCAAACAGGAGUGAUGGUAUAUAUGCCACGUAUACCGUGGCAUUAUCAUCAGACGAGUUGUAUUAUCUUCCAUAUGAUGUUAAAGUAGGAGUCGGAAAUGCCUUUGGGAGAGGACCGAAUAGCUCAAUAGCGACGAUAUACUCCUCGGAAGGAAUUCCACUUGCACGACCAACCAAUGUAAAUGGUUAUGAGAUAAAUUCAACAGCUUUGUGGGUAACGUGGGAUCCUUUGGAAAACACCCGAGAGAAGGCGAAAGGUUCAAUCAAAGGAUACAGGAUAACUGUUUAUGUUGAGAUGGUUGAUGACGAUACCAACGAAAUAACAUUUAAGAAAGUUGUGACGUCAUAUUAUCACGGACAAAUGUCAGGAAAUAAGGUCAUUGGUAUGGAACCAAAUACAGACUACUGGGUGACGGUAGAAAUGUUUAAUUCGGCAGGUCUCAGCAACCCCAGUGAGCGACAGCGAUUGAGUACUUGCCUCUCAGCACCGAUUCUCUAUCCGGAGUUUGUUAACAUUAUGUCUCACGGACCUAACAGUGUGUAUGUAGAAUGGCGAGGAGUGUCCACUGGAUUGUUUGAGGAAACGCUAUGGGGCUAUAAGAUGAGAUACUGGUUACAAGGUGACGAUAUCCGGACAGCUAACGACACCAUUACAGGGAAGGAAACACAUGGAAUUAUUUACGGUAUACAGAGGGGAUAUGUGUAUUCCUUACGAGUGCUCGGCUUCAGUAAAGGAGGCGACGGAAAACAGAGUCCAACAAAGUAUUUUACUCUAGGGGGACUGGUUCCAGUUGAUAGAACUAUCUCCGAAAUUCGUGCUGCAGGAUCAAAAGCGAGAUUAUCUUUACUGCUCACUUCUGUAAUCAUUUUAUUUAAGUGUGUAAUGUUUUGAAUCUCUUAACAUCAUGUAUGAAUGCUGAUGCUGACGACUGAAAUCUUUUGUCUUUUGUGUGAAAUCCAUUGACUAUAUCAUGAUUGUUAAAUUUGUUAUGAUCAUUUUAAGAAUACUUAUGCAUAAUCACUGUUAGAAUAUACCGGUUUUUACGAGGCCCAGAGAGUCAUUGUACAAGAUUUUUGCGUUUAAGUAAAUACUAGCUUGUAGUAGUGAAUGUGUUUGUACUUUCGUAUUUUUCCCUAUACAUACUCUUUUGA